AUGAAGGCCACACUUUUCACUCUCUUCGCUGUUGGCGGCUUCAUUGCCACCAGCAUUGCCAACCCUAUCAAUGUCGAAACCGGUCUUGAGAAGCGUCAGGACAUUGAUGCUAUCGAGACAAGCCUAGAGUCCCUUUACACCCAGAUCCAGGAGCAGACUGCCAAGAUCAACUCGACCCUGACCCCCGUGGCUGAUGGCGCUCCCGAGGCUGAUGCUUCGGCUGCUGCUGAUUCCAUCGCUCCUCAGCUUGAGGUUAUCGCGGAUCUUCUUGACAAGUCUGCUGCCAUCGCCAAGCGCGCUAUUGUUGAGGCCCGGUUCUUUAAAGAGGAUAUUUUCAAGACUGUUUCCCUCAUCCUAUUUGAGCUCCUCGGUACCGUGAAGUUUAUCCUCAUCAAGCUUGGUCUCGGUCCCGUUUUGAUCCACCUCGUUCCUCUCAUUCUCGCUCUUGUCAAGCUCGUUAAGGCUCUCGACAAGGUGGUUGAUGGCCUACUGAUUGCAGUCAAGUUUAUCGUCGACGACCUUCUUAAGGCUGUCGGCCUUGGUCUUCUAGGUCUCCUCCCCUAG